ACCGGGAGAGACCUGGCAGCCUCGGGGAGCUGGGGCCCGUCCAUGUCUCCCGGGGCUCUGAAGAGGCCAGAGCAAAGGGUCCUGCGCUGGAAGGGAAUCUAAGAUGAAGUUAUGGGAUGUGGUGGCUGUCUGCGUGGUGGUGCUGAACACAAUCUCAACCUUUCCUCUUCCUGCUGGUAAGACACCUCCCGGGAAGGCCAACUCAGUACUAAAGAGGACUGAAGAGGAACAAACCUCCAACAGACUGCUGACUCCCUCCGCUGGCCAAAUGAACUCUAAUAUGCCUGAGGAUUAUCCCAACCAGUUUGGUGAUGUAGUGGAUUUUAUUCAAGCCACUAUAAAAAGACUGAAGCGGUCACCAGAUAAACCAACUCCUUUUUUCUCUAAACGGGAAAGAAACAGACAAAAUGCAGCCAAGAAGAGUAAUAAUUCCAUCAGCAGAAAGGGACGAAGAAGUCAAAAGGUCAAAAAUCGAGAUUGUGUCUUAACUGAGAUACACUUAAACGUGACUGACUUGGGGUUGGGAUAUGCAACCAAAGAAGAGCUGAUUUUUCGAUAUUGCAGUGGCUCAUGUGAGUCUUCCUCAACCCUGUAUGACCAAAUUUUAAACAAUUUAACCCGAAACAGAAAGUUGGUCAGUGACAAAAUCAGACCACAGCCUUGUUGCAGACCCAUUGCUUUUGAUGAUGAUGUUUCAUUUUUGGACGAUGACCUAUCAACGUACCAUAUACUGCAGAAACAUUCCGCUAAAAAAUGUGGAUGCGUCUGACGUCCUUUGUGUUUGGACACUGCUAUGAUAUUGCAUUCCUGCUAAAAUGGCAAAGAAGGGACCAAAGCUCCCCAGAAGAUAGAAUGGUGGCUCUGAAUGAAGGAAGAGGACCAAGCAUACAAGAGAACAGCAGUUGCGGGAGCUUGGUUGAUUGAAAUCCAGUACAGGAUUUUUGGAGAAGAUACAACUGUUGGAGGUUUAUCACACACUAAAGUCCUACUG